UGUCACUCACUAGUAUAUCGCUGAACUAUGGCUACUGGCACUACUUCCCGUUCGUGGGCCGAUGGUCCUUGGCCGUUGAUCGAAACACCAUCCAAAACACAGGACAUUUCCAAACAUGAAGCUCUCUACAUCGCCAACGAGAUGGCCUUCGCCCACAACGCCAUGCUUCGAGGUUUAAACUCCCUCUAUCUGCAAGCCGAGCAAAUAAUUGAGUCGCAAGACAUCGCCGAUUUCCUAGUCUUCCUCCGCAGCUGGGCCGGAUGGGUAUCCCACCACCACACUCUGGAAGAAGAGCAAAUGUUUCCUCAAUUUGAAGGAGUGAUAAAGAAGCCCAAUUUUCUCGAAGGAAAUGUUAACGAGCACCAUACCUUCCAACCCAUCCUGAAGCAGCUCCUCGCCUACGGGACGGAAACCAAGCCCGCUGACUACAAAGCCUCGACCGUGCGCAGCCUGAUCGAGCAGAUGGCGCCUAGUUUUCGCGAGCAUCUGGCCAACGAAAUCACCAGCCUCAUGAGCAUGGAGCCGUAUGACGGGCCUGCUUUGCUCAAGGUUUAUAAGGAGUGUGAGGCUGAGGCGGGUAAGCAGGAUAAGAAUGUUAUCCCGCCCAUGGUUCUCGGCCUCCGUGACAUAACCUUCGAGGGUGGAAACCAGUGGCCCGCUAUGCCACCCUUCUCCACUCACUUUGUUCAUUAUCUGUUCGCGCGGAAACAUGCUGGUGCUUGGCGCUUUCUGCCAUCGGAUACUUGGGGUAAUCCGCGUCCAUUGGCAUUUGGUAAACCUUAGAUACUGAGGAGAGAUUGCGGGGGAAGGGACGGAGUUCAAUGGUUCUUUUCAUACAAUGAUCAGCGGGAUCGGCAAUCCUAGCCUGUCAAUACGAG